GUCGAACCCGGCGGGCCCCUUAAUAGCUCCCCGUGCUACCACCCGCGCUCGCUCCGUCCCAUCUUUCUGGCUCUCCGCCGGUUGCGCUCCAUGCGCUUCGCUUCUCUGCUCUGCUCUGGAAGGACUAACUUGGGAUAAACGGCUGGGACAGGGAAAAAAACAAGAUGUGCUACUAAAGCCGUCAAUCGCUUCUCCCCGGGCAACCCUCGGUCUCAAAACUGUUCGUGUACAAGAGGCCAAAAACCCGACAGCACACGUCGGCCGCCGUCCGUCCGGCGGGCGUCAACUGUUCAGGGCUCAACCCCAUCCGCCGCCUCCUGUAUUCUAACGACCUCCAUGGCGUUCGGGUCCCUCAACUAACGCGCCGGAGCACGCUCAGCCCCAACCGGAGGGAGAAUGUUGUCUGCCUUGCUCCGACCCUUCAAGGGCAGCAGCUCGCAAGCCGAGGACCCCAGGGACCUUGAGCACGAUUCUGCCUUCCCUCCGUCGGUUGCCGAAUACCGCAGCCACCCUCACGCCACAGCCGACUUCACCGAGGCCGACGACGACGAUGAAGAGUCUAACGAUGGAGAGCGGCACCUCUACCCGCUCGGGGGCCGUCCGGAGCAGCAGGAGGACGGCCUGGCCCGGUUCAGCGGGCUCCUGCCCCUCUUCGCCACCGAUCACCUAGACUCCAUCCCUAUAUAUAGCAUGACGCACGCCAUCCGCGUCGUAGUCCAGACCCGGACGGAAACCACCCUGACCUGGGACCAGCUGCGGUCUCCCCAGGUGUCGGCUUUUCUCAUCAAGCCGAUGCUGCAGCAGAUUCGCACGCAGCACUUCUCAUGUGGAACCCUUUACGCCCUGCUCGCCAACUGCCUCCAGUUCGGGAAGGAAGAACAGUUGUGCCUAGGGAAUUCCGGCACCAGUGCGACGAGGGCGAGGGUGUGCGAGCUUUUGGCCAUCAAGCUGCUCAAAGAGUACUCGCCCCGGGACCUUAUCGAUGCCCUGUGUCACGAUUUCUACCCCCUCCAGGGAAUCCCAGGCUCACGAUCUCCUCUCGCGUCGCCAGCAGGGAAGUCGGCGUCGGCCACUCUCCGUACCUCGGCCCUCGAAGUGGCCAUCCGCGCCUCUGCAAAGCAGUUCCUCUCCCACCCUUUGGUUGUCCAACAGAUCGAAGGCAUCUGGAACGGCGCCAUUACAUUCUCUUUCUCUACAAGGGAUUCCAGGAACCAGGGCUCUGCGGCGAGCGCCGCUAGAAGCAAUCAGUCUCGGCGACAGAGCACUAUCCGUACCCCCUUACUAGGUGACCAGCGGGCAAAAGACGAGUCUGCUCGAUCGCCAGCUGGCGCAGCAGACUGUCGCUCUGUGACUCUGUACAAUCCCCGAACGGCUUCCCUGUUCAAGCUGUCAAGGUUGCGUGUUCCGCGCUACCGGCGACUGCUCUCCACCUGCUCCUUGAUCGUCCUGGUGUGCCUGUUCCUCGCUGUCUUGGCCCAAAGAUCAGGCAAGAUCACCACCUUGGAACUGCUCUUCUGGUUCUGGAGUACCGGUUUUAUGCUUGAUGGCCUCGUCGGCUUCAAUGAGGAAGGCUUCUCCUUCUACGUCAUGAGCUUCUGGAACAUAUUCGAUCUGGGACUCUUGCUGCUCUUGAUCGUCUACUACUGCAUGCGCAUCUACGGCGUGUUCCUCCUUGAUCCCCACAAGUGGAACCAGAACGCCUACGACGUCCUUGCGGUCAACGCAAUUCUCGUGCUCCCGAGAAUAUUCGGCAUGCUCGACCACUAUCGCCAUUUCUCCAGGCUUUUGAUCUCUCUGCGACUGCUGGCAAGAGACUUGGCCGCAGUGUUCGUGCUCACCUUGGCUUUCUGCAGCGGAUUCUUCGCCUUCUUUGCCUUUUCCAAGACUCCAGACGAUGCCCCCACGAUGGCCUACAAGAUGUUUCAGAUGCUUCUCGGAUUCACGCCGUCUGCCUGGGAGUUGUAAGUGCCUUCUGCGGACGAGCAGAGAGCCUCGGUUGCUGACCCGUUUCUUGAGAUGGCCAACCUACAACUGGAUGGGAAAGGUCUUCCUGGUUUUCUUCCUCGUCAUCAGCCACUUCAUGAUUAUGUGAGCACCUCUUCCUCAUUUUCCC